AUGGGGAAGGGCCAGGUGGUCUUGGUUUCCUCUUCAGAGGGAAAGGAGGAUGGGGGCGGAGAGAUAGAUGCCUUGGCUGCUGUUCGGCGUCGUCGCGGCCCUAAGAGGACCACGUUGAGGUCUCGGGACUCGCCGGCGGCUAGUAAGAGGAGUAGAAGCCUGCGUCAACUGCGGAAGGGAGAAUCCCACUGUUCUGAACAGGUUGGCACUAUUUACCCUGCCCACAUCGCAUCGUAUUAUCUACAAACAUGUCCCUGAGUCGCCUUACUGUUGUUGUUUUUUCUUCUAGUUUAUACAAUGGAACUGCCAUCAGUUGACGCUGUGUACGAACUGUUCUAUAGUAGUUUAUUGUUUUUAUCAUUUUAUAUGCACGAUCAUUAUCAUCACGGAGGACAGAUCAUAUCCUCUCCUUAAACUUUGUCAAAUAGAUGAUUAUGUUCAGCUCGUAUCACCUUGGAUGAAUGGUUCUAUCAAAGUUUUCCUCAUCCUUUGUUGAAUGCAAAUUAGUGAAUCAAUGGUUAAAUGAUUUUUUUAAAAAUUGAGUGCUUUUCUGAACAUACUUUUCCCUCUGUCAACUGUCUUCCUGAUUUGAAGUUUGUCAACUGUUCAUAACGCAGGCCAAUUUUGAUUCACUCUCUGAAGAUUUUCUUGAGUGCACUAGCGGAUCCCAUGUCAUCCAUGGUAUGGCAUAAUCAAUCUAUUGAUUGUGUAUAAAUAUGGGAUUUACAAGCGUAUAAUAAUUUAUGAAGUUCUGCACAUUAUUUAUUUUUUUGCUCUCUAAUGUUGUCUUUUAUGACAAUGAUUCCUUAGUUCGUCACCAGUUCCAUGCAGGGCCUAUUAAUCUUGUUCUCCUUUAAGAGCUAGUUUGAAUUUAUCGGACAUUUUGGGACAACUUGGAAGUGUUUAUCUGCUAGUACUGAUUUUUUUUCUUAUGCUUUAUUAUUUUAAGCUAUUUCCCCUAAAAUUAACUUAAACAGUAUCCAAAUUUUCUUUUCUGAACGUACUUCUUGUUGAAAUGACUGUGAUAAUCUUUUCAGUUUUUUGUCUCAUUGGAGAAUGUGGUUAUCCUAUUUUGCUACAUGAAUUUUCUUUUCUUUCAUUUGUCAUAUUUGAAAAUCCUUUUUCUCAAAUAAAGUUGUGAUGCACCCACAUUAAAUUUUCACCGAGGAGGAACUUAUAUCUUAAAACAAGAGGAAAGCAGUACGAUUCGUUCAUUUUCAAGAGAUUUUAAUGAUAGAAAAAUAAUUUAGACACUGCAACUGUCACAAAGGUUCUUGUGUGCUGCUGAAAACAAUGAAAUAAGUCUCAUCACAUGAUAAACAAAGGAGACAUUAAGCGUAUCCAUCUUGGUUUUGUAUCUUUGAUUAAGCAAGUGUUAUCCUACAUUUCUGCCUCAAAUCUGAAAAAUGAAACUUUAUAAAAAAAUUCUGUACUCGCUGGUAUCAUGCUUUAUUGAUGCGAUGGAUAUCAUGCCCUGACAGGGAUUUUCUGAAGGAAGUUGCACACAGUACGAAUGCGUUCUGCUUAAAAAUACCGUGUGAAUCUUUAAAAAAUCGAACGUGAGCACGUGUACUCAUUGGCCUGUCUAAACUAGAACUGCCUUGCUCUUCCGGUGACUCUCAAUGUGAGAAAAACCUUACAGUAUGUUAACAAAUUCAUACCUAGAAAAUCAACAUUGUGAGGCAUCAGGUAUGUAAUUAGGGUGUUUCCCUUUGAUGCUUUUUUCAUCAACUAUUCCAUCAAUAACAUUAAUUUCAAAGGUUUUAUUUUGAGAAGCAUUAGCGUGGAAGAAAACAGCAAAAAAAUAACGAAUUUAUGGAUAUGUGCAAUUUUUAGCUUGGCUCAUUUUAUUGUUUUGGGGAUUUUUUUAAAACUUUGGUUUGCCUGAUUAUUAUUUCUAAUCACAAAACCUGGGUUUCUUCUGGGAUUUCAUUAUGAUGCUCAAUUGUUUCUUGUAUCCUACCAUCAUGUUUGUGUGACUGCUUUACUCCUAGUCUAUGCUGUGGGAAGUGUAGGAAAAUGUAAAUCAGCUUCUGAUAGUGCAGGUAUGAAUGAGCUGUGGGUCGACAAGCAUAGACCGCGUUCCAUUGCAGAGCUUGCUGUGUAUAAAAAGAAGGUUAUCAGUCUUUGAAGUUACCUUGCCUUUCUCGUUUGCUAUCCUGUGUAUCCUUUGCUCAGGGUCGCACAAAAUAUUAAAAUCCUUGUCUGCUUUUGUGAUGUUGAACCGGGAAAAUCUUGAACUUUUUUGUAUGGCUGCAUGCAUUUUCGUGAUAUCUGUUAUGAAUGAUCAGAUUCCAAGUUGAAUCAGUCUUCUUGGUCAUGGAUAAACACAAACACACAUUCUUUAUCUAUUUCGAUGCAUUGUACACUGGGAUUUGCGAGUUACACUUGAAAGUUUUCCAAAAUUCUUUUUCACCUAUAUAAUGAGAGAGAUUCGUCGAUUGGACUGAGCAUCUGUGCUAUAAGCCGCUUAUGUUUAAUGGUGGCCCUGAAUGGCAACAUUGGUUAUCCAAACAGGGCCUGCAUAGUAAAUGUCUACGUAUAUUCUCUUGCAUAAAGUUUCAUUUUCUUUUAUGUACUUUAUGUGCUUGCCUUAAUUGUAGUUGUAUUUUUCUUCUGAUUUAUGCCAUUUUUUUUGUAUCCCAGGUAGAGGAAGUGCGAGUCUGGCUGGAAGAGAGAAUAAAUGCACCAAAGGUAAUUUUUAGUCUGGUUGAUUGUAAGCAUUAAUUUCUUCUAUAAAUUAAUUCAUAACUGUAAGCGCAUUAUUUUAUGACCGUUUAGAGCCUUUGAAGUAAGAUCUUGUUUGUCAAACCUGAAUGAUAAAUUCCUCAAAAUCUUUUGCCUCAACUGGGAUUGCUUGGGAUUUUUGUUCCUUCUCCUCUGAACUGACGCUUCUACCAUAGUUUCUUCUGUAUAUUUAACAGAUAUACGUUAAAUUAAUAUGUUUUCAUGUAAUCUUUUUUGUUGAAAUUAUUGGGUACUAUUUUGGUAACCAAUGUCGUACUGUUCUUGAUAUAUUUCUUUGAAGUUAACUUUUGAACCUUAAUGUAAAUAAUCCUAUCACUUGUUUUUUGUUCCCUUUUCUCUUCUUCCAUGAUCAUACUUCCAUAGGUCGUCAGCUUCUGGCCAGGACUUGGGAUUAUUAACACUCUGCUGUCUAGUCAUCAUUGUUUACUUUAUCCACAUAAGUUAUGAUGCACUUUUCGAUGAUGUUGAAGGUUGAACACUGUAAACAAUGAAAACAUGCGAUUAACGCAAUGGCUCUUCCGGGAACCGUUAACUUGUGAGCAAUGUUUAACCGAGACUGAUGAACAAUAAUUUCUCCUUAUGUUUCUAGAUGUUAGAUUGACUGCGAAGUACAUGUUGUUUUGCGUUAUUUCGUCUGACAACUGUUUGUUGGUUCCUUUAUAUCACAAUUUCCAAUAGUUUUCUCCUAGUUAUCUUUUUUUUGUUGUGUCCGAAUAAAGGCCCUCAAUUUUCUUAUAGGUCGUAUGCUUAACCAAGUCUUAUACUUUAUUUACAGGAAGGUAUGCACAAUUAUACUCUUCUCAUAACUGGACAAGCUGGAGUUGGGAAAUCGGUACGUUUGGUGUUAUACAUUGUAGCAUUUUAUUUCGUUAAUAAUGUUUCCUUGGUAUCCUAACUUGUGUGUUGGUUGUUCGAUGGGUAAGCAACAAUUUUCUUUGAUAUAUAAAUAAUUUCCAGUAAAUGCCUCUUCACUGUUAGUGUAUAUCUUAAUAGUUGCUGUUUUUAAGAUUAUUUGUUCUGAAGGUUCGCCGUUUUGUUUUGUGCAUGUGAUAUCAUCUGAUAGUCAAAUGUUGGACAACAUCAUCUUAUUAACUCUUUAAGUCUUUAUUCUAUAUGUGAUGAAUCAACCUUGAAUGCUUUCUCAGAAACUCGCUUGAGAGUAUUUCCAAGUCUCUAUUUUCUUCAUCUCACCCAAAUCAUUUUAUGCAUUAAGCUAGGAUGGUGCAAGGAGUUUUGUGGAAGAAGUUUUCUCUUUACUUUUUUAUUAUACACCCGUCCACUCAUUUGGUAGAUGACCAUUGACAGUGAUGAUGGACCAUGACAUUUUGGGAAGGUAUAGCUUGCGCAUGUAAGAAUAGUUCAUAUCAUUUAUUUUCUAUUCAUGAAAGCUCUUACAUCCAUUGCAGGCUGUCAUCCAUGUUAUCAGUUCACAACUUGAAGCUGAACUGUGUGAAUGGAAGACUCCCACACCAACUCUCUGGAAAGAGCACAUGCACAACUCUAAUUCAGGUUUUGUUUCUUUUUCGGUUUUUCCUCCUCUGGUCACUUGGCAAAUCGGCCCAAGUUCUGUGGCUAUUUUCAUAUCAUGUGAUUUUGUGUUGCGUUAUUUUAUGUGAAUAGGUGUGAGCUACAUGUCAAAACUGGAUGAGUUCGAGACAUUUGUGGAUACCGUGAGAAAGUAUCCUGUGUUUCCAUCAACUUAUGUAAAUGGAUUGAGAAAACCUAUUAUUAUGUUAAUUGAUGAUCUUCCUGUGACGAAUGGAAAAGUUGCUCAUGGAAGAUUAUGUGAGUGCUUACGCGUUCUGGUCUGUUCAACUCAAGUUCCAACAGUUAUUUUGGUAACAGAAUAUUCUAAGGACGAUUCUAGUGACGUUAGAGGAUAUAUGGAGGAACUAGUGUCAUCCCUGGAGAGAGCUGGAGCAUACAAGGUAAUAUUUGUCUGAAUAAGUUUAUCCCAGAUGCUGAACUUAAUUAUAACUUACUUGAAUUGUUCUGUGUCACAGGUGUGUUUCAAUCCUCUUACAGUUAAUUCGAUCAAAAAAACUCUUUCCCUUAUAUGCCAAAAAGAGGGGUAUAAUGUGCCUGAAGUAGUCUUGAAUCAGAUUGCGAGAUUGAGUCAGGGUGACAUCCGGCAUGCAAUAACAUCAUUGCAAUACUUUUGUCUUAGGCCGGAGCAAUUUCUUUUCAGUCCUAAAUCAAAGGAAUCGGUUGCCCAUCUUGAUGGAAAUUCAGAUCUUACUGCCUUGUCGUCUCUAGUCAUUGACAUAGACUAUGGUUCAAGUGGAGGAGUUAACAUACCAUUUGGUAGAGACGAGACACUCACUAUGUUUCACGCCUUGGGAAAAUUUCUGCACAACAAGAGGGUGAAUGGAGAUCCAUCUUCCCUGGGUAUAUUCUGAUCCAUUUCCUUAUCUAUUUGGCAUUGCGUGAUGCAAGGGUGGCAUCCUUUGCUAGUUGCACUAUCCAUUGCUGUCUGAGUCUAUGAUGCAUGGAUGACUUACAAUAUCUUGCGUUUACUGCUUUUGUAAAUUGGCAUCACCCUAACUUACAGGUCCAAGAUAAUGCUGUAGGGAAAGAUGGAUGUAAUUCUCAAACUUCUGUGUUUAAAGUUUUUGUUCCUUUGGGGUCGCAGGACAUAGUAUGAGAUUUGAUGGGCCUUAUGGUUAUCAGAAAUCAUGUCUGACCGCAGCCAUCCGAUUAACACAGAUUUUUGUUAAGAUUCUGAGAUUAACCUCAGGAACAUUGAACCCCGUAGGGUCAUUGAACUCCCUGAUGAACGACAUGAUGAAGAAAUAUGGCUUUAUGGAUGUGGAAAGAGAUGAUUGAGUACAUAAAAGAAAGAUAAUAUGAGGAAUGACAUAUUAUGACCAAAGGAAGCUUAUAAGCCUAGGGGGAGACUGAAAGGAAAAAUAUAAUUUGGAAUUACCCCAGGGGGAGUCGAUCUUUAUCAACUUCUCUGAUACCAUGAAACUUUUCAGGUAGGAACUGAAAUUCCGGGCCAAGUAGAGUCCCACUCAUGUUGGUGGGUUUUUUGGUCUUACAACUUGGGAAGAUCCGUUUUGAGCAACUGCCUAUGACUGCCUAAGGCGAGUAAUUGCAUAAUAUCUGCCUAUCACUUGAAGGGUGCAGCUUCUCGUUCGUAAAAAAAACUCUCCUCUCUGGACAUCAGAUGGAACCAAACAUGAAUAAAAAUAAAGACAAUUAUCCAGCAGUAACCGAUAUACUUUGACAUUAUAUUUUCUCUUCAUCCUUUUAUGGUAUGUUGUAAUAUGAUUCAGGAAUGCAAAAGGGUGUCCUGAAGGACGGGCUUAUGAGACUUCCACUUAAAAUGGAUGCUCCAGAAGAUAUCCUUAGCCAAGCUCAUGCUCAAGCAAGGCCAGUCGUCGAUUUUCUCCAUGAGAAUGGUAAUCAUACUAUCAUUGUCUUGCAUUUCUAUUUUUGGUAUGCUUUGAGCAGUAUUUUCCUUGAUCCUGGAUCUUAGCUAGCGAUAUGUUUUGUGUGUCCGGUGACAUAACCAAAAUAAUGCAAACAUAAACAAAGAAGAUUCAGAUGAUUGCCUUCAUCACUUGUCCAAUGUUGCAAUCACAUGAAUCAUUUCUUUCAAGAACUCGGUUAUUCCUAAACUUUGUACGAGUCUCCAAUCAAGCAUAAACAAUGGUUUUCUUAUAAAAAAAAUGGGAUUUUUUUAAUCUCUCACCUUGGUUGCAUCCAAUCGAAGUGGCUUGGGAGUCUGGGAGGAAAAAUUUAGAGUUAGGACGCUCUUCUCCCCUUUUUUCUGACCCAACUUGAUCUAGUUCCAUCACAGUUACACUGAUCCGAUUAGAAUCUUGUAACCUGGCUGCGACUUUGUGAUAUGAGAUUGAGUUGGAUGGAUUCAAGUCUUUGCUCUUUCCGAUCUGGCUAAUAUUCUAAACCAGUUUAUGUGUGAUCCAAUCAGCUUCCACUAUGCAUUCCAUAUGUGGUAGCUGGAUCAAUCAAACUCAGAACAACUAACAACUGGGUUUGGUUUGAUCUUUAUGAUUCCCCACUUCCUCAAUAAGCUCCCAUACUUGACCGCAGACAAAAUCCAUCUUGUCACCCCUCAUCAUCAUUCCAUAUUCAUGAGAAACCUAACGAUGGCUUCAUAUCCUAGCACUGAUAUGUCUUGUCUGCUACUCUCAGUGCUUGAUUUCUUGAGCGAUGAAGCAGCGGACGAUGCCUGGAUCAUAGCCUCCUACCUCAGCGACGCCGACCGUCUCCUCUCCGCCUCUUUCUCCCCAGCGCGGGCUCAGAUGGUGAAGGGAAGCCAUGGGCCUGAAGCCCUCUCGCAGUCUGCUGCUACCUGUGUUUCCGUCCGGGGUGUUUUGUUCGGAAACUCACAGCCUUCAACGUCCAGGUAACAAUCUCCACCCCCACCCUGCUCAUUCAGAUCUCUCUGGUAAUGAUUUGUCUCCUUUCCUCUAGGUGGCAUUCGAUUCGGCGCCCCAGACUUUGGGAGGUUGAGCAGUCAUCCAGGCGCAACAAGGUGGUCCCACCCGUCUUCUUCUCCGCCGUAGAACCCUAGAUUCGGACUGUAAUUAUCAUUCCUUUGGUGUGGAGCUCGCAGGCUCUCAUGGCGUCGGAGAGGUUUGAGCUUCAAGCCCACUGCGGCUUGCAGACUCUGGUCAGUAUAGGAGAGCUGGCUGCUGAACACAAGCCCAUGGCGAGAUGGCUGGGGCUGGUGCGGCCGGAUGGCCCCGGGGGAGGCGUCGCGUUGGAUGGGGGUGAGGAGGAGGAGGAUGACAUCCAAGAAUGGUAA